CAUAAACUCUUUCAUACACUUAAACCAACUAGAGAGAAGGGCGACCGGACCAUUGAGAACACAAAAUCAUAGUUUGAUGGCUAAAUUGAUAAAUAUGAAAAGUAUUGUUGCCAUUGUAGCAAUAAUAGUAAUUGGAGGAGCAACUCUAGAAAGCACAGAAGCAGCAGUUCAUGUUGUAGGAGAUGCUUUGGGGUGGCAAAACGCUCUUCCUAAUUCCACUUAUUAUGCUAACUGGGCCGCUGCUCGCAACUUCACCAUUGGUGACACUCUAAUCUUCAACUUCGCUACCGGAGUACACAAUGUGGCCACAGUAAGAUUGGAUGAUUUUAGUGACUGUGACACUGAUUCAGACGACAACAUUGAUCUUAUCAACAGUGGACCAGCCAAUAUAACUCUUACUACCAGUGGCAUGCAAUAUUAUAUUUGUGCCUUUCCCGGUCAUUGCUUAACAGGCCAAAAGUUAGCUAUUAAUGUUGUUGCUGCCACCACCCCUUCCACCCCCUCACCGCCUAGUACCCCCACUCCUUCCACCCCCCCACCGCCUGGCACCACCAACACUUCGACCCCCUCACCGCCUGGCACCACCAACACUUCAGCCCCAUCACCGCCCGGCACCACUAUCACUCCGUCUUCACCACCACCGCCCAUUGCCGACUCUGCCACAAGUGUUGCUGCUAAUGUUGCUUUGAUGACGUUGAUGUCCGUAGCCAUGGCUUUCGUAUGAUAUUUUUAUUAAAAUGUUUUGUGAAUUUUAUAGAUAUCUACAGAGAUAAUUAUUCAUUUGAUGAUGAUUGAUCGGGUAUCAUUUGUUGUUGUAUUUCAAUAAACAUUAGGAUUUAUUUUAGCAAAUAUUUUUGCUAUUGUAUUUCAAUAAAACAUUAUGAUUUCUUUUUACAAGCAA